GCUGGUUGUUGUCUCUUUUUUUUCUUUUCACCUUUUGGGGGAUUUGCAAACCGAAUUACAUGCAUGUCCAGUGGGGGAAGGUUUAAUUUUGACGAUGGAGGGUCGUACUGUGGAGGCUGGGAGGACGGAAAGGCUCAUGGCCACGGAAUCUGUACCGGCCCGAAGGGUCAAGGUGAAUAUUCGGGCUCCUGGAGUCACGGCUUUGAGGUGCUGGGGGUCUACACUUGGCCCAGCGGCAACACUUACCAGGGCACCUGGGCGCAGGGCAAGCGCCAUGGCAUUGGCAUGGAGAGCAAGGGGAAGUGGGUGUACAAAGGAGAGUGGACCCAUGGAUUUAAGGGACGGUACGGGGUCCGAGAAUGCACUGGAAAUGGGGCCAAGUACGAAGGCACCUGGAGCAAUGGAUUACAGGAUGGCUACGGGACAGAGACCUACUCGGAUGGAGGGACGUACCAGGGCCAGUGGGUCGGGGGGAUGCGCCAGGGUUACGGCGUGCGGCAGAGCGUUCCCUACGGCAUGGCUGCGGUUAUCAGGUCACCCCUGAGGACGUCCAUCAACUCCCUGCGCAGCGAGCACACCAACGGCACCGCGCUGCACCCCGACGCCUCGCCGGCCGUGGCCGGCAGCCCCGCCGUGUCCCGCGGCGGCUUCGUCCUCAUGGCGCACAGCGACGCCGAGAUCCUCAAGAGCAAGAAGAAGGGAAUCUUCAGGCGGUCGCUGCUGAGCGGCCUCAAGCUCCGUAAGUCCGAGUCGAAGAGCUCGUUGGCCAGCCAGCGCAGCAAGCAGAGCUCGUUCCGCAGCGAAGCCGGCAUGAGCACGGUCAGCUCCACCGCCAGCGACAUCAACUCCACCAUCAGCCUGGGGGAGGGCGAAGCCGAGCUCUCCGUCAUCGAAGACGACAUCGACGCCACCACCACCGAGAUCUACGUGGGCGAGUGGAAGAACGACAAGCGGUCGGGCUUCGGGGUGAGCCAGCGCUCCGACGGGCUCAAGUACGAGGGGGAAUGGGCCAACAACAAGCGGCACGGCUACGGCUGCAUGACCUUCCCCGACGGCACCAAAGAGGAGGGCAAGUACAAGCAGAACAUCCUGGUGAGCGGCAAGAGGAAGAACCUCAUCCCGCUGCGGGCCAGCAAGAUCCGUGAGAAGGUGGAUCGGGCCGUGGAGGCGGCCGAGAGGGCGGCCACCAUCGCCAAGCAGAAAGCGGAGAUCGCGGCCUCCAGGACCUCUCACUCCAGGGCCAAGGCGGAGGCGGCCGUGACGGCGGCGCAGAAGGCUCAGGAGGAAGCGCGGAUCGCCAGGAUCACUGCCAAAGAGUUUUCACCUUCCUUCCAGCACAGGGAAAACGGGCUGGAAUGCCAGCGGCCCAAGCGCCAGAACUCCAGCGACGACAUCGAGGUGCUGUCCACCGGGACCCCUCUGCAGCAAGAGAGCCCCGAGCUGUACCGCAAAGGCACCACCCCGUCCGACCUGACCCCCGACGACAGCCCGCUGCAGAGCUUCCCUGCCAGCCCCUGCUCCACGCCUCCCCUGGGGCCUUCCUGCAGGAACAAGAGCGCUCACUUCUCCAGGCAGGUGUCCGUGGAUGAAGAGAGGGGUGGGGAGAUCCAGAUGCUGCUGGAGGGCCGGGGUGGGGAUUACCUGCGGCCCAACAGCUGGGGCGAAGAGAAGGCGGCCGGGCCGCGCGGCCUGAGGAGCGGGAGCCUGCGCAGCGGCCAGCCGGGCUCGGCCUCCCUCCCCGAAGACUACCGAGGUCGGAGCGGAGGGCACAAACAUUCGGCCUCCAACCACAAGCAAAGAGAGAGGUGGACAGAUUCCCCAGCCACGGUUUCGUGGACUUCCCACCACAGGUCUCACAACCACAGCUCAGGGAGCUCCAAGCUGCUUGAGCUGGACGAGGAGAAGAUGAGCAAUUACGAGAUGGAGAUGAAGCCCCUCAUGAGGAUGGAUUCUUAUAUGCAAGAGAUUCACACCCAAAAAAGACACUAUAGCAAAGGGGGGCCCUGCAGGAGCGUGGCUGACGAGCACCGCGGGGAAGAGCGGGGCUUCGGGGUUCAGAGGCUGAGGUCUAAGUCCCAGAACAAAGAGAAUUUCAGGCCAGCUUCCUCUGCUGAGCCCACGGUGCAGAAACUGGAAAACCUGAGAUUCGGGGACAAAGCUGAACCUCGGCUACUAAGGUGGGACUUAACCUUCUCCCCGCCACAGAAAUCUUUACCUGUUGCACUAGAAUCCGAAGAGGACAGUGGGGAUGCGCUCAAAUCGAGUACGGGCUCAGCUCCCAUCCUGGUAGUCAUGGUGAUCUUACUAAAUAUUGGAGUUGCCAUUUUGUUUAUUAACUUUUUCAUCUAAUUCAAGACUGUCUUGUUUGCAAAAAUAACAGUUACAUGUAUGAAUGGGGAGGGGGAGGGGAAACAAACAAACAAACAGAAAAACACAAACCAAACAACAAGGAGAACAACACCAAGGAAGGGAAAGGAGAAAACACCACAAUGACAACUCGAACUGUCCUCUGAGGAUUUCCAAGUCUUUUCACAGAGAACAACAAAGGAUCGAGUCUCACUCACAGUUUGCCUUUUUUCCUGGGUAAUGUUUUUUGGAUUUUAGCCAAAAUUCUUUGCUUGUAUAACACUCUGCUGUGUGGCAUGGCAAAAUGCUAUCAACACUCUGCCCCCCUCAACACUGGAAGGGAUGAGAGAAGGGAAUCCCAAUGGAAUCAAUUCAAAAGCUCAUCUCCCCUUCCCCUUGACCUCCUCCCCCCACAGUAACCAACCCCAACGUGGAGACUAGGUGAUGGGAGAGUUGCUUGGGUGUAUGUAUGGGUCCUGGGUGAGUUUCCCAGGGGAAUCCACAACAGCUUUAACCACAAAGUAAAAUAGGAAAGGAAAGCAAAAUGGGGCUUUUCUUCUUGCUCCCGUUGCAGAGGGAGACACGCUGCUGGGAGGAGCAGGGGGAAGGCAGGAAGCCUGCCCAGCUGGGAGAGGUGGGAGAAGGGCCCCAUGUUCUUAUUUGGUGUUCAAACAAAGCAGUUAAUUGGUGUUCUGCUCAAUUUCCCGGGGUGGGGGGGAAAUGGGGAACUGAAGGUGUGAGCAGCAGCCCCACCACCCUCCUGCCUUCACUCCUCCUGCCCAGGCUGCUCCCUGCCACGGCAGGGCUGGGAAACACCCAGUGCUACUUCUAAGUCAUAACCAAUUUGUUCUGGGUAAAAAAGAGGAACCCAAACUCCCCAGUUUCCCCCUCUCAGAAACCUCCAGGCACCUGCAGCAAGAGCAAUGGAGUGGGUGCUGCUCAUGGUGUCGCCUGAGCGUCCCGUCCCAGACCCAGGGCAGGGAGCACAGUGGUGGGGAGAGCCUGGGGAACAGAGGGCUCAGUGCUGAUCCACAAUAAAAAACAAAGCAAAAGAAGCUAACCCCUUUUUCCCCCCCCCAAGGUACCUGGGGAGGAGCACUGGAGCACGUCCCAGAGAGGAGGAGGGAGAGGGUGGUGGGUUUGUCUCUUACAUCUUGCCGUGGACUGUUUCAGACAUCAUGCUUGGCCUCUGAGCAUGUAGUAUUUUGCACUUUGUAAUGCAGGAUGUAUAUUCCAGCUUCCAACAUGUCCCUGUCAAACAAAACAAACAAAAAAAGGUUAAAAAAAAGCCAAAAAACACCCCCCUCCCCCGUCCCCAAGCCAGUCCCCCCCAGCCCCAGCCAUCGUUGGCACUGGCAGCCUCUAAGGAUGGAGCCUUUUCUGGUUUCGUUUCUUCUUUUCUAUGUCACUUGAUUUGUUGGUUUCUACCAUCUUUGUAAUAUGCCUGCCUUGGUUUGUCCCCUCCCCUGUCCCCCAAUAAGAUGCAUACUCAUUAAAGAUGCCGUAUCCCUGUUCUGAGCUCUUCUGGUCCCAAUCACAACAGCGUGGUCUUGGCUCUAUUGCUUGGGAAAUGACCCCCAGCCCUUGGCUUUUCCACUCCCACUGGCCUCUUCCUCCCUUCCCCUUCCCACCCCUGCAGAUCCACCACUUGGAAUGGCUUCUUUGGGAUUUGGUACAGCCAGGGACCAAAUCCCACCCUCACUUCUA